CGCGCCCGCCCGACGCCGCCGCGGACCCCGCCCGCCUGCGCCCCGGGCCCGGGCUGCCCCGCGCGCCGCCAUGGAGCGCAUCGAGGGGGCGGCCGUGCGCCGCUGCGUAGCCUCGCCCUACCUGCUGCCGCUCACGCUGCACUACCGCCAGAAUGGCACCCAGAAGUCGUGGGACUUCAUGAAGACUCACGACAGUGUGACCGUUCUCAUGUUCAACUCUUCUCGGAGGAGCCUGGUGUUGGUGAAGCAGUUCCGGCCAGCCGUGUACGCUGGCGAGGUGGAGCGCCUCUUCCCGGGGUCCCUGGCCCCUGUGGACCCGGACCGGCCCCGGGAGCUGCAGGCAGCACUGCCUGGCUCUGCAGGGGUGACGUACGAGCUGUGCGCCGGCCUCGUGGACCAGCCCGGGCUCUCGCUGCAGGAGGUGGCCUGCAAGGAAGCGUGGGAGGAGUGCGGCUACCACCUGGCCCCCUCCGACCUGCGCCGGGUCGCCACGUACAACCCCGGAGGUGAGCCAGGCCACUCGUCCGCCUGUCCCAGGUGACGAGGCCCGGCGCGCGUCUGAGAUCCGCCAGCUGAGGACGUGAUUGAGUGACUAGGGCGAGGCCGUGCCCGGCCUGGCUGGCACAUUCUUCACACGCCGGCGGAAACUGGGACUGGAAACCCCACAGACCGCUGCUUCCAUCAAAGGCGCAGGCUGUGGCCGCCGGCGGAAAUGGGCCGUCAGGAAGGGUCUGAGGGAGAUAAGGGGCCGGAGGGCGGGGAAAGCAGCUGGGUGAGGUCAGUCUGGGCAGGGCCCCUGCCUGGGGAUGGGAGAGUGGGGUGGAAGCCCCUCCAGCUCUGCUGCGUGCCCCGUGCGGUGCACGUGUCUGCAGAGGCCGCCUGCACCCUGCAGGCCCUGGCUGGCCUCAGCCAACCUCCCAGGGUGACCCGGGGUCUCCCUUAUCCCCUGGACGUCUCCCCACAGCCCGUCUGGGUCCCCUCUCUCGCUGCAGACCGUGCUCAGCCCUUCCCCUCCGUCUGUCACCCCAUCCUCAUGGCCAGCAGUCACCAUGGCUGCCCACUCCUGACCUCCACAGCACCAGUGCGGGCCCCUGCCCUCUGCCUGGGUGCCUGUCCCCCUCCUGGUGGCCAGAGCCCCUUCCUGGUCACCACCUAGGGAGGGAGGGGACCCCUUGACACCCCUUUCCAGCCUCCGAACCAUGGUCCUGGUCCUGGGGACUUCACCGCCACCCCACCGCCCCUGUGAUCUGCAGCCCCUCACCCUGCUCAGAACGGGCGUCCUGCAGGUGCCCGCGUGGGAACGCUCACAGACCCAGGCUGCACGGGCCGGAGCCUCGGGUGCGAACCAGGGUCCGUUAUGUGGGGAGAGGCCUGGCUGAGGCCCAGCGUGAGCAGAAGGACAGGGCCUGCAUGAGUGUAGGUGCCAGACUCAGCAGCUCUCAGCGACCCACGUUUACAGCCUCACGGGUGCUGUGGGUCGGCAGUCUGCUUACUGAGGACUUGGCCCAUUGCUCGGGGUCUCGCCGAGCUGCAGUCAGGCGGUGGCCAGGCUGAGGUCUAAUCUGGGGCUCAGGGUCUCCUUCCCAGCUCUCGCCGUUGCGGCCGUGACUGACGGCUGUGUCUCCUGGCUGGCUGUCAGCCGGGGCCCGGGGUCAGCUCCUUGCCCGGGCCACGUGGAGGCUUGCCUUGUCUUCAGGUGUCUCCCUGACUCUUUCCGUCUCUGACCUGUAAACGUAAACUGCAGUGAAGGGCUCGCCUGAUUAGGUCAGGCCCACCCGGGAUCGUCUCCCUUUUGAUGAACGUAAAGUCAUCUGAUUAGGGAAGGGCCUGCAUCACAGCUGCGGCCGUCCGCCUCCCGCACCCGACCUAACCUCAUCGCCUGGGACCCUGAUCACAUCCGGAAGUCACAUCCGGCGUGUUCCCAGGUUUCCCCCACACAUGCGAGGAGGGGACUA